GCUGUAAUGAUUAUCAUUGUUUUUGUGUGUGUGUGUGUGUAUAGUCCUGUGUAUGACUGUGUGUGUUACUGUCAGAGACAACAGCUGUUUAAGCUCCCUAUGCAACUUGGUGGAAGAAUACAAAGUAGUAUUCAAGUUGUCUAAUGUUGUGCAUAAAAGAAGUACAUUGCUAUUGUGGUCACUCGUUGCAGCAUAAUCUACUAAGUAUGAAAGUUAAAAAAUGACUGGAUUAAUUUCUCCUGAACCUGAUCACUAAUGGCUUUCAGCACCAUCUUUAAAAAAGCCAGCAAUCUUCUUGGCCUGAGUGGGUCUGAGAGCUUGCGCCCUCCACCUCUGGAUGGGGAGAUAAUUUAUUGUAAAAACAAUGUCUGUGUUCACCCACCAGCUUCGCUGUUGCUAGAAACAGAACAUCAUCCAGGUUACUUGACACUCAGAGCACAACAAAGCCAGGGAAGUCGACCCACCCUUGUUCUCACAUGGAUUCCAAAUACAACUUUAAAGAAAAAUCCCUACAGCAUAGAAAGCAGUCCCAUCAGGUCAGGCAGUUGCACUCCCAAGGUCAGUCCUAGACGAAAUCCAAAACAAGAGUUUGCCAAAUCAGACGAAUCUGUUACUCUAACACCAUCUCCUUCUCCACAAACACACGAGAGCUUUUCAGAACCCAAUAAGAAAUUGAGCUUGGAUGCCACCAGCAUUUGCUCAGAGGCCUCUUUAUGCUCAAGAGGGGAUUCUCCCAGUCUAGAUGACUCUAACGUCUGUGAAAGUAAGUUGAGCUGCAGUUAUAAAUCUCAAACAGACUCCGGUAUUGGUGGGGAGGGCUCAUCUCAACAUCACUCGGCAGCUUCUGAACCUAACUAUGUACAGAACAAUGAGAAAUGUAAACCCAGUGGUGUGAAACCUUCCAGGGUCGGCAUUCAUGUGAACGACCUAAAUAACAUAACCAAAGUCUCAAAGUCUGAUCUAAAAAAUCUAGUGACCACAAAUGACCAAAGUCAAAGUUGUGAUGAACUGACAUCGGAAGAGCAGCUGGUAGCCAUGUUAAACAGAAACAAACUUCAUGCGAAAGUAAAAGAAACUUCAGAAUUAACUGUCAGCAUUGAGAUUCAAGGGGACAAGCUGGUGGUAGUGACAGAGCAACAAGAUGGUGCCAGUUGCACCAGCCCAGGCAGCAUCACAGACAACAACAUCAACAGGGACGACAGCAAGUUUGAGACCAGCAGUUCCCAGUCCACAGACGCAGACACACAGAGCCUGAGCUCUGAUUCCAACAACCACAGCCCAUCGUCCAAUGUUUUAUCCCAUGUAGGAGUGGAAGAUGGACUACAAUGUCUUCCAGAGCAACUUUCUCAGAGUGGAUUAUGUAGGGCUUUUCUUGAUCUACAAAUCCCUCCCAGUUCAGGGCCUCCCCCCAAUACACCGGCUAUCACACCUGACAUCCAUGUCAUCAAAAGUAGAUCAUUGUCAACAUCUAGCUCAUCCACCACAACAUCUGGUCCAGACUCAGCACCCAAUACACCUUGUUCUUCAGUGGACGACUCUGCCUCAAUAUCUCCUGGUCAGGAAUGGUCAGGUGACCAGCCUGAAUCUCCAAACAGCGGUAGCUCAGUGGGUUACCACAACCUCACUUUUCCAGAAAAUGCAAUGACAACAUCAACAUCAUCCAAUCACAGAGAGAAACGUAGUGCCAGAGAACAGCUGUGUGGAGUUUUCUCUGUGGAUUUGGGUCAAAUGAGAUCACUGCGACUUUUCUACAACGACUCAGCCUGCACACAAGGUCAAGUGGUUAUUGCCAGCAGGGAGAGCCAGUACAAGAUACUGCACUUUCACAAUGGUGGACUUGACAAACUAGCUGAGAUAUUUGAAGAGUGGAGUCUGUUUGCUCAACAGACAGAUGAGGGUGUGGAGGGAGACAAACCUUACAAACAGUUUCUUGUUGUCAAGCCUCACCUUACUGAUGACCAGUGUCACCCAGAGGAGCAUUUGUUCCCCAAAGUAACAGAUGAGAUUUGGAAGUCCCAUAUGACUGAAGACGGCAGGAUUGAAGAUGUUUUUCAACUGCGUAAGGCCAUAUUUUUUGGAGGUCUAGAUGCCAGUAUACGCCAUGAUGUCUGGCCUUUCCUUCUGCAUUACUUCCCUUUUGAUUCCACCUUUGAGCAGCGAGAACAGAUUAGAAAUGACAAAUACAUUGAGUAUCAGAACAUUAGGAAAAAAAGAGAAUCAAUGGACCUUGAAGAACAGCAGCAGUUUUGGCGAAGCAUUCAGUGUAUUGUGGAAAAAGAUGUUGUCAGGACAGACCGCUCCCAUCCCUACUUUAGAGGGGACAAUAACCCUAACAUUGAAGUACUCAAAAACAUCCUGUUAAACUAUGCAGUGGCCAACCCUUCCAUGGGCUACACACAGGGCAUGUCUGACUUGCUGGCCCCAGUCCUUGCAGCCAUUCAGCAAGAGGUAGAGGCCUACUGGUGUUUUACUGGGCUCAUGACUAGGACAAUAUUUGUUAGCUCCCCUAGAGACAGUGACAUGGACAAGCAGCUAAAUUACUUGAGAGAACUUUUACGGGUAACACUUCCCAAAUUUCAAUAUCAUCUAAAAAUGCUUGGUCAAGAUGCCAUGGAACUCCUUUUUUGUCACAGAUGGAUUCUUCUGUGCUUCAAGCGUGAGUUUUGUGAGGCUGAUGCUCUGCGUAUCUGGGAAGCCUGCUGGGCCCGCUACCAGACUGAUUAUUUCCACCUGUUUGUAUGUGUGGCCAUAGUAGCCAUAUAUGGUGAUGAUGUUGUGGAACAGAGGCUCCCGGCUGAUGAAAUUCUGCUUCACUUCUCUAGCCUGGCCAUGCACAUGAAUGGAAGACUAGUGCUCAAAAAGGCUAGAGGGCUGCUUCAUGAGUUCAGGAAGAGAGUGAAGAUACCGUGCUCUCUGCAUGGGCUUUGUUCACAAGUCCAUGCUGGCAUGUGGGACAGUGGUCAUGUGCCUACAGUGGAAUGUAUAGGUCACUUAGGGGAUGAAGUUUGUCCAUACAACAGCACGCCCAGCUCACCUGUGUAUGGAGAUCAGUAAAAGAAUGCUUGCUGACCAUUGGACAUAUUACUUUUGUUAGCUAGUAAGAUUGUUGCUCAAGAGAUCCUGAAUGAGAGUGUCAUGAAAGUUAAAGGUGGAUGUUUGACUUAGUAGGCAACUGUCUCUGAAGCCUUUGUGGAGUUCAAUUAAUAGAACCCAAAUUAUCAGUCAUUUUAUUUUGAAAUUUGCAUGAACUCAUCAACUACUGAAGGUGAAGGCCAUAUUAUGCUAACCAAUUCUUUGUGAUUGGCCUAUCUUUAAAAUUGAAUCAUUAAUAUACUAGAUAUAUAUAUAUAUAAUUUCCACCCCACCUUUUAGUGUUAUUAUGGAAAUCAGCAUACAGUCCUAAUAAAUAAUUAUUUUGUGUUCUGUCCGUCCGUAAUAUUUUAGCUAUGAGGCCUCAUCAAAGGUCGGUUUCAUCUCAAUUUGCUGUUUUAGCAGUGUCUUUUAAAGCAUUCUAUUAUCUUAAAUGAUUCCAGAUGUUUCUCUUUCAUAAUAACCUUUUUCUUUCUCCCUUUCUUAGUCUGUUACUUUAAAUGUGCCAUGUGCUAGCCGAUUUCAGAGCGUGCUAACACACUCACUUUCAUUUGGAGGAAAUAUGAACUUCCUUCAUGUUUCCAUCAUGUAGUUUGAUUUGCACUCAUCUUAAAAUGUCUGAUAAAUUUAGACUACUAGAAUAAAACAAUAGAGUCACAAAGAUAUAAUCAAAGUGCAAUGGAAAAAGGUAUCCUAGAUAUAAUCAAAGUGCAAUGGAAAAAGGUAUCCUAGAUAUAAUCAAAGUGCAAUGAAAAAAAGGUAUCCUUUACUCGAAGCAUAAUACUUAUAAUUCAGUGAGCUAGUCUGCAUAUCUGGUCAAUGUAGUGAUAUAAAACAACGCAUUAUAAAUAAAAUAUAAAGCUGUCUUGUUAUUAUAUAGUUUCCAAGAGUUCAAUAAAUAACAAUUGCAUUAUCCGUUAUUAAACAAAAAAAGAAAAAAACAACUAAUGAAGAAAUAAACAAAUGGUAACAAAAAAAAAUACAUUAGGUGGCCAAAAAUGUUUACAAAGAAAAUGAACUACAAACUAGAUUGACAUUGAACUCAAACUGAAAUGAAAAGGUAUGAAUGGAAGACAAGUAGAUGUACAAACCUGAAUGAAUCUAUGGAGUUAGUUAGGGAAGAAAGUUUUAGAAUGUCACAAAUU